AGGUAAUUGAAACCAACCCUAAGCUAUUUUUAUCUCCUCCCUAAAGGUAGCCCCGAUUAUUGCUGACUUAAGCAUCGGAGUGUCUACCCUGAGUUCCACCUCGGGGCUUUGUAGGUCAUCCCGGAGUGUAAGUGCGGACUGAAGAAGGACUUCUGGUUUGGUGCAAUUACAUUGGCGCCGUCUGUGGGAAUUGAACUGAAAGCUUUCUAGUUGCUCUUUCAUCAUGGUUCACACUCGAUCAGUCCGCGCUGGUAAUUCAUCUCUGCCUCACGGGCAAGGUCAACCCUCCAACAACCUUCCACCUCUGAUCCCACCUCAAAUCCCACCUCAGCUUCCACCUCAGUUUCCACCUCAGGUCCCAACCAUAUUCCCUCCUAUUGAUCAUGCAGAAGGAGGAGAUAAAAACCAACCCCAUACCUCAGCCCACAAUUUAACUUCCACUGCCAACCAAGACGUGGUGACAGCUCAGCUUGCUACCAUGCAGCAGUACGAAUCUCAGGGUCAAUCCCACAUAGCACCCGCUCAGCAACCCAUCCCUGAUGAUGUUACUCGCCGUCUCGAUAGCCUGGAGAAGCUAGUAGCCGAACACCGAGGUGCUCCACCCCCACACCAUGCUGCUGACUCUAUACCUCACCCUUUGAAUACCAACAUUACUCUAGAACCCUAUCCUGCUGGUUUCAAAAUACCACAAUUGGAGACUUAUGACGGGACGAAGGACCCCGAUGAUCACCUGCAUGCUUUCUACUCUUGUAUGCAAGCUCAGAACGCUUCUGACGCGUUAAUGUGCAAAAUCUUCCCCUCUACUCUGCGAGGUAAUGCUCGAACUUGGUAUUAUAGUCUACCUCCGUGGUCAAUUAGUUCUUACACAGAAAUGGCAUCUGCCUUUGCCAUUAAGUUUUCUAGUAGAAGGUUGAUUAGGAAAACUACUCCCGAAUUGAUGCGAGUCAAACAGAGGGACGGAGAGUCCCUAAAGAACUACAUGAGCAGGUUCAAUGAUGCGGUGUUGGAGGUUAAUUCCUUCGACCAAGCUGUGGGCAUUGCAGCUGUAAUCUCUGGUCUCAAACAUGACAGGUUCCGAGACAGUUUGAUCAAACAUGCUGCCACCACCUUUAGCGAGGUAAACGACAGAUCUCUGAAAUUCAUAACUGCUGAGGAAUACGCCCUGGCGCAAAACCCACCUUCCUCUAAGAACCAGAACCCAGAAUGGAGAGAUGACAAUCCGAGCCGGAAAAGGAUGAGAAUGGCGCAGAACCGAGGUCCGAUGUUGACCUCCCUAACGAGAUUCGGAAGGACGAACUCAACACCUCCGCAACAAUCUGCAGGUAAACCUCCAGUUAAUUGGACUCCCUUUAAUCUGCCGAUGUCACAUAUUUUUAUGCAGAUCAAGAAUAAAAUGGAUUUAAGGCAUCCUGACCCGAUGAAAACUGCUGCUGCUAGUCGAGACCACACCAGAUAUUGUGAUUUUCAUCAAGAUCACGGCCAUACUACAGAGCAGUGCAACAGCUUAAAGUCUGAACUGGAAAGUUUAGCUCAGAAGGGACUGCUAAAUGAGUACGUUCAGAGAGUUGAACAGCCGAGGUUUAUUAGAGAACAGAGACCGCAGCCUCAAGAAGCCCGCAAUCCCCUAAACAGGCAAUGUGUGGGAUAUCAGCAAGCCCCACCUCCACUCCCACCCCAAGCUAGAAUCAUACACAUGAUUACGGGAGGCCUUGAAGCAGGUGGACUGAGCUCUAAACAGCGAAAGCUGUAUGUCAGAGAGGUUAAACAUCACAACCGAGCUCAGAAGAGGAAGGUUGACGAUGCUGAGUGGAAGAAUCAACCCAUUACUUUCACAUCUGUUGAUCUCGAUACAGUUGUCACACCCCAUAAUGAUCCCUUGGUCACUUCUGUAAUGAUUAAUAAUUGUGAAGUACAACGUGUCCUUGUUGACAUCGGGAGUGCACCAGACAUCAUGUACUUCCACUGUUUCAAGAGUCUGGGACUGGAUCCAGUAUUGUUGCAGAAAUAUGAUGGUCUUAUUUAUGGUUUUAACAACCAACCUGUUCCGGUGGAAGGAGUUCUUACCCUUCACGUGGCUUUCGGGAGUGGCAGGACCUAUGUGACCCCGUCGGUCCAGUUCCUCGUAGUAAAGAUGGCGUCCUCUUUCAACAUUGUUAUUGUUCGACCCACACUGACUGAAAUUCGAGCUGUAGUUUCCCAAUCUCACCUCUGCAUGAAGUUCCCAACUCCUAUGGGAAUAGCAACACUGCGAGGAAACCAGGAGGUGGCCAGGCAUUGUUAUAUCACCUCGGUAACGCAACCCAUGAAGGGCAAAGCUCAGACACCCGAGGCCAUUCCUCAGCAAAUUCCUGAUAAUCAGCAAGUUAUGGGUGUUGAGAUCAUAGAUAAUCGACUGGAGGAUGAAACCAGAGUUGCUCCGGUCGAAGAUGUUGAAGAAGUGCUCAUUGAUGGUAGAGAUCCGAGCUGAAAGAUGCAGAUCGAAACUAGAUUGAACCCAGAGGAAAGGGCAGAGCUAAUAGCUUUUCUUCGAGCUAAUAAUGAUGUAUUCGCAUG